UAUUUAAUAAAAUUAUCAAGAGGGUGUUUUCAAGUAAUAUACCAAUGACAGGGGAAAAGGAAAAGGUGUAACUGCUAAUUGGACUUUAGUAUCACUAAUCACCAGUAACGAAUGUAGGACAUAUGCCCCUUCCUGCUAGACUUGAUUAGAAAGAACUGUCAUUAUACACAUUCUGCUCAACAAAUUCAAAACUAUGUAAACAAUAAUUAAAGUGUCAAAACAAUUAAAACUACGUUAAUAAAAUAAGUGGUUUAAAACUGCUCAGGAAAAUAUGGUUAACAUUCAGUAUUUAUUUUUAGUUUUGUUCUUGAAAGGAAUUAUACUUUUGACAUCAGCAAAUCCUUAUCCUGUAAAAUGGAAAAAAGAAUGCCCUCAUGAAUGCCAAUGUCCAAUUACCAGUUUGUCAAAGUCUACUUUGAUGUCAAGAUGGUUUACUAAUCAAGAAGUGAAACUUGCACUCUGUACUGUUCAGAAAGAAACAAAGUUACUACAAAUGUUUCAAAAUGUUCCUACAGAUACUGAAAUUUUGACAGUUUUGCAAAAUACCGAAGUCUCGUAUAAUACUUUAUUACCUGAAAUGAUAUCGCAUCUUCAAAGCCUACAAGGGAUAGAUCUACAAGGAGAAGGAAACAAAAAAAAAUUGAAACUAUCAUCACAAGUUUUUCAUGUAUUACCGCAUUUGAAAUUCUUAUCUUUACAGCAAAUUAAUUUGGGAAAUGUAGAAAAAUUAUUUUCAAAUUUACAAGUCUUAGAAAUUAUUCAGAUAAUUAACUGCAAUAUAGGUGUUGUUAAAUGGGAAAUGUUAGAAGGAUUAAAAUCUUUAAAAGAACUCCAUUUCAUACACAGUGGAAUUAAAGAACUUGGUGACUUUUCUUUUUAUGGAGCGCCAGAAUUAAAAAGACUGUUUUUAUCGCAUAAUGAUUUAUUUUCAGUUCAGUCAAAUGCAUUCAUUGGUUUACGCAAAUUAGAAAUUUUAGACCUGAGUAAUAAUCAUUUGGAUCAUCUCUCGAGUCUUACUUUUCCAUCUCUUCCAAAACUUCAAUGGUUAGAGUUAAAACAUAAUCCUAUAAAAGUUAUUUUUCCACAUUGUUUUCAAUUGUUAAACAGCACUCAAAGAUUGACAUUAGGACAUAGUCAACAACCAACACACUUAAUGAAAUUUAGCUUUAGAGGUUUACAAUCUUUGAUAUUUUUACACAUUCCAAAUGUCGAUAAUGAUAUUUUACUUGAACAUAUGUUUUAUGGUCUAAACUCAUUACUGCAUUUGAAUCUGAAUGGUAGAAUUAUGGUAUUAGGAGAUAAAGCUUUCAUGGGCGCACAUAAAGCAUUGAAAAAAUUAGUAUUACAUAACUGUAAACUAAGAAAGAUAUCGAAUAACAGUUUUCAGGGGCUUUAUCAUCUUUUGUCAUUAGAUCUUUCUUAUAAUCAACUUAGAUAUAUCUCAGAAUACUCUCUUCAACCUCUUAAAUCACUAAAAGAAUUAAUUCUAAGUCAAAAUAAAUUAACUGUAUUAUCUGAGGAAAUAUUUCAAAUUGUAUCACUUCAAGCUUUGAGAUUAGAUGCAAAUCCAUGGAAUUGCACAUGCAGUAUGUUAGUGUGGAAAGGAAAUUUAACAGCAAAAGUAUCGUAUACCAUAUCUAAAGCUUGUAAUUCUGCAAAAAAUUCAAGCUGUUCCGAUUUUGAAACAAUUUAUAAAGACGAUAAAAGAAUUAUACCAAGAUGUGAAUAUCCAAAUAAAUUUCAGGGAAGAAAUGUAUUUGAAGCCAUAAAAAUAUUAAAAUGUAAUGAAACAAUUCAUUCUUCAUAAAAAAAAGUAUUUAUUUAACAUAACAGAAAUAUCAGUUAUCCAGAAAUACUUUAAAAUUAAAAAAAAAUAAAUAAAAAUUUUAUAGGCUUAUAUAACAUUAGGAUAAUUAAAAAAAAUCAUAAAUUUUUGAUAAUCAAAUGCUAAAGUUGUGAACAAUACUUUCCAAUUUCCAUUAAGAAACCAUGCAACAUAUAUUUUUUUUAAUUAC